AUGUCUUUCACCGGCCUUCUCGCCUCCGAAGACGGCCGACCCGCCGCCACCGUGAGAAACGGCCUCGGCGAUCGGGUGUCGGCGAGGACGGGCCACGGCGUCCCCAAGUUCAAGUCCCUCCCGCCACCUUCUCUUCCAAUAUCUCCACCGGCCGCUGCCGCCGCCACGGCCUUCUCUCCUUCUUCUUUUUUUGCCCUGCCUCCUGGCCUUAGCCCUUCCGAGCUCUUGGAUUCCCCUGUUCUUCUUUCUGGUUCUAAUCUUCUGCCUUCACCAACUACCGGUACAUUUCCAAUCGAGAGUUCGAGCUGGAACAAUAACAUGAGUUCUGGCAGGUCACAGCAAAAGGAUAUAAAGGAUGAGCAAAACAACUUUCCCGAGUUCUCUUUCCAAACUCAAACAAACCCUCUAACAUCAUAUCCGUGGGGCUAUCUCGAGUCUCUCGAUCCAGAAUUAGCCUCAUCUGACAAACCAAACUUUGAGCCCGAGCUCAGCUCGGUCCAGAGCUUCUCCCCCGAGAUCUCCACAAUCCAAACUAUCGACCCGAAAAUAAUCGAGCACAAUCAGUCGUCACAGGAUAACCGAAAAUCAGAAGACGGGUAUAACUGGAGGAAAUAUGGGCAGAAACAGGUGAAAGGGAGCGAGAACCCGAGAAGCUACUACAAAUGCACUUACCCGAACUGCCCCACCAAGAAAAAGCUCGAGAGGUCCUUAGAUGGGAAAAUAACUGAAAUUGUGAUCAGAGGUACUCAUAACCACCCAAAGCCUCAGUCGACUAGGAGAUCAUCCUCAUCCUCCCCGUCGGCUUCUUCUGUGGUGUUCCUGUCUUGCAGUGCACAGUCGAACGAGAUGUCUCAAGGGUCGAAUGUCGUGGGGAGAACUGAUCAUUUUCUUGGGACUCCUGAGAACUCAUCGUUAUCUAAUGAUGAUUUAGAGCAGAGCAUUCAGAGGAGCUUGUCGGGCUGUGAUGAAGUGGAUGAAGAUGGGCCGAAUUUCAAGAGAUGGAAAGGGGAGAAUGGAAGUGAAGGUAUAUCAGGAAUGGAGAGUAGGACAGUGAGAGAACCAAGAGUUGUCGUUCAAACUAUGAGCGACGUGGAUAUACUCGAUGAUGGUUACAGGUGGAGAAAAUAUGGUCAGAAAGUGGUGAAGGGAAAUCCAAAUCCCAGGAGCUAUUACAAGUGCACUAAUCAUGGAUGCCAAGUGAGGAAGCAUGUGGAACGGGCAGCCCAAGAUUCUCGGGCGGUGAUAACGACAUACGAAGGGAAGCACAACCACGAUGUCCCGCCUGGCCGAAGCAGAAACAGCAGCAAUGCAGUAGUGGUUAGGCCUAUGCCUCGACUGCUCGACUCGGAUAUUCCAACAACGGGUUAUGAGAAUUCGAGAUCCGAAAAUUUCACAAGCUCAUUGGCUAUUCCUCUGCUGGAGUAUGGUGAAGCACGGUUGCCAAGGGCAAAGGAUGAGCCUGUUGAUGACGUGUUUGCCGACUCGUUUCUAUGCUGA